GGCUUGCUAGCGGGAGACGGUCUGAGCCUUCUGGCUGGGAACCCACAGCACCAUCAGCAGGGGAUGAAGUUGGAAGCGGUGAUGGAACAGUUACAGCGGCAGCAACAGGCCCGGUUGGAGAUGGAGGGCAGGGAGAGGAAGGACAGGGGCGUACGGGAGGCCCACGUCUUCUAUGCCCAGCAGUUUGCCGCCCAGCAGGCAGCCUUGGCGGCUUCGUCCCGGACACCGACGGGCUCCGCGGGCAGCGGGCCAGCCCUCUCCGGACCCUCGCGGGCCGACUCUGACCCCGACGAAGAUGCCUUUGAGGGUGAGGAGCCGUGCAGCGAUCUGGAGGAGGAGGAAGAGGAGGAGGAGAGGGGGGAGGAGAUGGUGAGAAGAGGCCACGGGGACUUGGAGGAGGAGGAGGAGGAGGAAGGAGACGAGGUGGAGGGAGAAGAGGAGGAAGAUGAGGAUGAAGAAACAGAAGAGGAGUAUCUCAGGAAACAGGCAGCUCCAGUCACGCCGGCUCUACGACUACCUCAUGCCCACCGCCCAUCAGUCAGUGGACAAUCCCUCAAACCCACAAGCGCGCGGCCCAGCUCGCCAAGCCAAGCACAUUCAAAGUCACCCACCGCCCACCACGAAUGGGGCUUCGAAGAACAAUUCAAACAGAUGCAACCUUCUGAAUGGAUGACAAAUGACCAAUGUGAGUCAGGGGGGAAAAACUCUUUCCGAACAGCCACAGUGACAGCCCACGUUCCCGGUACCAUUAAACAGAAUGGGAGUCUGGCCUGGAAUGAUGACGUUGAGGGUGGAAGAGCAAGGGAGGCUGCCAAAGAUUUUGCCAAGCUCUACGAACUGGACAGUGACCCCAAGAGGAAAGAGUUCCUGGACGAUCUAUUUGUGUUCAUGCAGAAGAGAGGAACCCCGGUGAACAGGAUUCCCAUCAUGGCCAAGCAGGUGCUGGACCUGUACAUGUUGUACAAACUGGUGACGGAGAAGGGGGGUCUAGUGGAAGUGAUCAACAAGAAGAUCUGGCGGGAAAUCACCAAGGGUCUGAACCUACCUACCUCAAUUACCAGCGCAGCCUUUACACUCAGGACACAAUACAUGAAAUACCUCUACCCGUACGAAUGUGAAAAACAAUCGCUCAGCUCGCCUGCCGAGCUACAGGCGGCCAUCGACAGUAAUCGGCGGGAGGGCAGGAGGCCCAGCUACAGCUCCGCCCUCUUUGGGUACUCGCCGAGCUCGGGCCCCGGCCUCCUCUCCCCCCCCAAGGUCCACCUGUCCUCCAUGAAUGUUUCCUCCAGCAACGGUGCCCAUCUCUCCUCCGGCCACAUCAUCAAGAAAGAGGAUGGAUCGGCCAGCUGCUCUCUGGGCCCAGGCCGUAUCCACAUCCCGUUCACGCUGGGCGGCCACCACUCGGGGCUUCCCAUCACCCUGGAGCAGCUGAGAAACAAGCUGGAGAGCGGCGAGCCUCCGGACAAAAGGGUGGCCCGGAUCUCGGAGGACCAACAACGCCUGAUGCAGCAGGCCCUACAGCACAACCUCUUCGCCAUGGCAACCCACAUGCCCAUGAGCAUCAAGAUCAACGGCAAAGACGAUCGGCAGGAACUGGCCUUGAACCUGUCCACAAAUGGGAUCAGCAGCAUCAACAUGUCCAUCGAGAUUAACGGCACUCUUUACACUGGAGUCCUGUUCGCCCAGAGACCGACGGUACACGUCAUCGCAGGGCCAAGCAGUAGCACCUCAGCCUCCCAGAGCACGACCAGUCCUACCUCCGUCAAGGGCCCUGCCUCCGCUGAGCCCUCCACCAGCGGCUCCCCUUGAGGCCGAGCUCGCCGCUGCAUCAGGCAUCAGGGAAAGGACUCGCCCCGAUUGUAUUUUUCUAGAAUCUAAAAAAGGCAGGGAAUUUUAAGCGAGAAAAUUAGAGAAAUGCAAAAAAAAAAACCCCCACACAAAAAAAAACCAAGCCAGUAAAGAAACAAUUGCACAGAUCAUUUCAGCUCAAGAAACCUUAGAAUAUAUUGCCUACGUCUUGGGGGGGGAGGGGUUAGGGUCAAAACCAGGGUCAGAGAACUAGGUUAAUUGGGCAAUGGCGUGCAAACGCAACCUCCUGUCCUUCGACUCAUAAAACCAUCAUCAAUUUUAAGAGCCGCAGUUUUAACAGGAACCACUUGUUUUGUGGCUCCCCCCCCCCCCACACCCCUCAUCCCGCACCAUCCUGACAUGGAACGGCCACAGUGCCCCCUACUGGCGGGAGGCCGGAAGUGCAGCGUGACUGUUUACAUAGGUUUGCCCCCCUUUAUAUCGUUGCGAGCCUCAGAACUGAUGAGGGCAGCAUGUGACUGGGAGCGCUUGCACACGCAAGAUUAUUAAUAUUAUUCUUGUAUAAAUAUGCGGGCAGUUACACGGGGGGAGGGGGGGGGGGUUCAGUUGAAUUCACAAGGUAGCAGCAUCCCGCUUGUUGGCCACAGAUUCAAACAAGAGGCAAUUUAAUCUGAAGAAGGGCCUCGACCCGGAACGUCAACCACUCCUUCUCUCCUGUCCCGCUGAGUUACUCCAGCAUUUUUGGUGACCAUCAGUUGUGGUCAAACUGGGCGUACUGAAGGAUCUUCUUGACUUUUCAUGUAUUCAUUGCAAUGGGAGGAGUGGAGGGGAGAGGUGGGGGCUGAAGCUGAUGUUCCCAAAUUGUGGACCAUUAACUCUCCGGGGCUGUUGGGCCUUAGCUCGAUUUGUCGGUGGGCCCCUCUGUCCCAUUCUCCCACCCCCUAGCGAUAGGGUAAUCCGAGCUGUUGCCUCUCACAACAGGACCCUGCCCAUGCCUUCCGACUGGCUCCCUUGCUGUUGGUAUGAGCAGUGUUUGUCAGCAUCUCUGCGCUGAACCAAGUGGUACGAUCCAGCCGUACACAGGGCCGACAGGUAAUGCAAAGACG